GGCUUCAGUAAAGCGUCUGACACGGAGGAGUGAAGUUGUGCCCACCUCCUCUCUUUCUCUCCCUUUCGUCAAGAGAGUCUCUUCGCCUUCGACUUUAUCGAGGGAGACUGCUUGGCCUGGGACAACUUCAGACUCGGACGGAACAGGAUCUGAAGGAUAACAAGCCGCGUGUGUCGAUGUUUCAUCGCCGCUGUGGAUAUCCUGCACCCAUGCACCGGAGCCUAAUGAAAUUCACAAUUUAGGGCCGACUUAUGUGUGUGCGUGAAAACUGGUCGUCGUUUUCUUGCUUGUAUCGGAUGCUUUCCCCUUUCCACCUGUCGGCAGACAAACUGAGAAGAUAAAAGUCUCGUCAGUUCGUUGUGUUCCCCUUCCACUGUUCAUUCAUAUUCUAGGUGAAUUCAUCUUGCACUAAACUCAAAACAGUACUUGGAAAAUGCUUUCGCAGGUCUGUCAGUGAUAUGUACAUAGGAAUAGUGAAUACAUGAAAGUGAACUAGUGAUACGUGAAAUCGGUUGACUUCUAGAGAACUGCUAUCUGAAUCGAAUUACGCGAGUAAUUCAGACAGACAUCACCCUCACAGAAAUCUGUUCAAAAUGAUCGAAAAAAGAAGCAGAAAGUUCGAGAGGAGACUAAGGAAAGUCUCGAAUGAUGGUAGUGAUACAGCACAGUCAUCAUCUGAGAUGUCAGGCCGCUUGGGCGGUUUGGAGGAUGAGCCAGACCUCACACCAGUUAAGCAGGUGGUGGUGGGCAUCUGUGCCAUGGAGAAGAAAUCUGGCUCCAAACCUAUGAAAGAAAUUCUCACAAGACUGGAAGAGUUCGAGUAUAUAAGGACUGUCAUCUUCCCAGAAGAAGUCAUUCUUAAAGAACCCGUUGAAAAAUGGCCGUUGUGCGAUUGUCUGAUCAGCUUCCAUUCAAAAGGCUUUCCUUUAGAGAAGGCUCAGGCUUACACAGACCUCAGAAAACCUUACAUCAUCAAUAAUCUUGAUAUGCAAUAUGACUUACAAGACAGAAGAGUAGUUUACAAGAUAUUGGAACGAGAGGGAAUAGAAUUGCCAAGAUUUGCCAUCUUAGACAGAGAUUCCAAAGACCCCUCUAAGCGUGAACUAAUUGAAGGAGAAGAUCAUGUUGAAGUAAAUGGUGUCAUAUUCAACAAACCUUUUGUAGAAAAGCCAGUUUCUGCAGAAGACCACAAUAUUUACAUCUAUUACCCUACAUCUGCUGGAGGUGGAUCACAAAGGCUAUUCAGGAAGGUGUGUACAUCAUCAUCUCACUACAAAUUAGCAUCAUGCUCAGAAUACCAGGUGGAAGAUUCCUCGGUCUCCACUCUUUUAUGGUAUCUUCAGAUUGGUUCCAGGAGUAGCGUAUAUUCCCCAGAGAGUAGAGUUAGAAAAACGGGUUCUUUUAUAUAUGAAGAUUUCAUGCCAACAGACGGUACAGAUGUCAAGGUUUAUACAGUAGGUCCUGAUUAUGCUCAUGCAGAAGCUCGAAAAUCUCCAGCCCUUGAUGGAAAGGUAGAACGUGAUAGUGAAGGCAAAGAAGUACGAUAUCCUGUUAUAUUAUCCAAUGCAGAAAAGUUGAUAGCAAGAAAAGUCUGUAUUGCCUUUAAGCAAACUGUGUGUGGAUUUGAUUUGUUAAGGGCCAAUGGAAAAUCGUAUGUUUGUGAUGUCAAUGGGUUUAGUUUUGUAAAAAACUCAUGUAAAUAUUAUGAUGACUGUGCAAAAAUACUUGGAAAUAUGAUCCUAAGGGAAUUGGCUCCAACCUUUCACAUUCCAUGGGCAAUGCCCUUUCAAUUGGAUGAUCCUCCAAUAGUACCAACAACUUUUGGCAAAAUGAUGGAAUUGCGGUGUGUAGUGGCUGUUAUUAGGCAUGGUGACAGAACUCCAAAGCAGAAAAUGAAGAUGGAGGUUAGGCAUCCAAAAUUUUUUGAGCUUUUUGCUAAGUAUGAUGGCUAUAAAGAUGGCCAUGUCAAAUUAAAGAAGCCCAAACAACUGCAAGAAGUGCUUGAUAUAGCAAGAGCACUUCUAGCAGAAAUUGAACAGAAGAGAGCAGACCCUGAGACAGAAGAGAAGAAAGGCAAAUUAGAGCAGCUGAAGAGUGUGCUGGAAAUAUCAGAAUCCAUGUUUGGCCUCAAAGGAUCUACAACUAUUUUCGUAUUGGUCUCACACCAUCAGCUUCCGCAAGCACGUCCUCUGGUAUCAGCACCUUGUGCAAAGAAAAGGUCUUAAAUGGAUGUUACACAAAAGUGUAAAUCCCAUUCUACGAGCUAUAAGAAGCUCAUCGCUAGAAUGUAUUGCUGAUGAACAGUGCUGAGUUUCUACUAAGUAAAUUGGCUGAAUGAUGACUAAGUUUAUGCUAAUUCUUUGUUCCCUAAAUGAAAAUAAAACUUUUUAUCUUUUAAAAUGAAAAUUAAUAAUUUUUAUCACAAAUCUGGCAUCCAUAAACCAGUGAACAUACCAAGACAGAUGGAAGAAAAUUCUAAUUUCAAUUUAAUCACUGUACUGUGUUGUACUGUACCAUAAUAAUUUUUGUACUCAUCCUUAUUACAAGUCUUGGGAGAUAUCGAGUUAACUUCAGCAAAACAUUCAUUAGUAAAUGAUAGAUAAAUAUAUAUUUUCUUUCCAUACCUAGUGUGCUUGAGAUGAGUUUCAGAUGUGCUUUUGCUCAUGAUCUACUUUUCAAGUCCUAGUAUAUUUCAUUUGAAGUACUUGAAUACAUGCAUGACAACAUUUCAUGGAGAUACUUGUAAAAAGUUAAUGUAGAUUAUCUUAGUAAGUAGUGUGAGCUGUAUUGUAGGCAUUUAUUCUGAAUAAAACCUUUAUGCCAGCACACAUUUCUGUAGUUGCAUGAAUGGCAAGUAUCUAAUAGCAGCAUUCUCCUCUGACAUUUGAAAACUAUUCUUAUCUUUUAUUUAGCAUGGCACCCACUGUAAUUGCAUCACUUGAGACAAUGUUUAUUAGCACAUAAGAAGUCACAGUCUUCAUGCAUACAAAACUAGUUUCAUUCUUAUGUAUCAUCAUUGCUAUUACCAUCACUUUCAUUAUCAUCCUAAAUGUGAGGAUAGCCCCACUCCCCUUUCAUAUUAGUAACCUCAUCUUUUUAUUAUGAGGUAUGUUGUAUGUAUAGUUAGGUAACAUUUGUAUCAUUUUAUAUAAUUCUGUGAAUAAUAUUUUUAUAGAUAACAUAAUCAUUCAUAUUUGUUGUAGAUAUUUUGUAGAACUGUUUCAUCAGUUUGGUGCAUUUUGUAUAUUACCAUUGAAUAUGUAAAUUAAAUUGCUUGUUUAA